GGAAAAGUGGAUAUCGUGGAGCAGCUCAAGGUGAUUAUUUGGCUCCUGUGAUCCAUGCGGCCUUCAUAGGCAGGACAUUAGAUCACCUUGUCUGCUGAUCACACCAUGCCUGCAGCUAUGGAGAAGCAAAUAGAGGAGCUGAAGCAGCAGCUGGAAAAGCAAUGUCUGAUCAACAAGGAGCUGCAGAGGCAAAAUAAGGACCUAGAAAAACGACUCACCGAGAAAGAGAAACUCCUGCAACAACUGCAGACUCAGUAUCAUGAUCUCGACUUUCCCUCUCAGACCGGUAAUGAGAUUGAACCUGAGGUCAGGAAGAGCCGUGCAGCUGUCAUAGCUUCAGAACCAAUCCCGGAGAACCUGGAGAUUAAACGGGCGAGGGUGAAGAAAAAUGUCAGUGAGACGAGCCUAAUUGUCAAAGCUAUCCAGAAGAAUGACUUCCUGAGCCGGUUAGAUGAUGAGCAAAUAGCCAUGAUGGUGGACCUGUUAAAGGUAUCUCACUUCAAUCCUGGAGAUGAAGUCAUUCAGGAAGGCUCUGAAGGAGACAGCAUGUACAUUGUGGCAGCUGGUGAGCUUUCUGUGAGCCAGUCUGGCCGUGACCUCCGAACUCUAACUAAUGGUGAUGUUUUUGGAGAGCUGGCGAUUCUGUACAACUGCAAAAGGACAGCAACAGUCAAAGCAAAGACACCUGUGCAUCUGUGGUGCAUGGAGCGACAGACCUACAGAAGCAUUAUGACCAACAAGUCCAAGAAGAAACGAGAACAGCUCAUGGGCUUCCUGAAGACGGCCCACACUCUGAAGGACCUGAAUGAUGUCCAGUUGUCCAAAAUCAUUGACUCCAUGGAGGAGGUGAAGUACCAGGACAAAGAUGUUAUAGUUCGAGAGGGAACAGAAGGAAACGCAUUCUACAUCAUCCUCAAAGGAGAGGUGUUGGUGACUAAGAACGUGAACGGUCAUCAGAAGCAGAUUCGCAGGAUGGGAAAAGGGGAGCAUUUCGGGGAACAGGCCCUCAUACGCGAGGUCUUGAGGACAGCAACCUGCACUGCCGACGGCCCUGUUACCUGCUUCUCCAUUGACAAGGAGGUAUUUGAAGAAACAAUUCCCGUAGAGCACCUGGAACUCUUUGAUGACUCCAAAGUGAUGCAGGAGGCGCAACCUCCAGAAAAGUCGAGCCCCAGCUCCACUCUGAGAUUGAAGGAUCUGGUUCCAGUCUUCUAUCAGGAGGGUCGCUAUCAAGGAGAUCCUGUCACACUUGGAGUCGGAGGAUUUGGCCGUGUGGCACUGAUGACCACCCUGCCCCAUGGAAAAUAUUACGCCGUGAAGAGAGUCAGCAAGAAGCACAUUGUUGCCAAGAGACAGGAAGAGCACAUGCUGUUUGAGAAGAAGAUCCUUAAAGCUGUGCAGUGUGAAUUCAUUGUCAGACUUCAUGGAGCUUUCAAAGACACACGAUACAUCUACAUGGUGAUGGAGUUCUGUAGUGGUGGGGAAAUCUGGACCAAACUCAAAGAAGUAGGUCGUUUUGACGAGCCUGUCGCUGUGUUCUGCACUGCCUGCGUGGUGGAGGCCUAUGCUUACCUCCACAAGAAGAACAUCAUGUAUAGAGACCUAAAGCCUGAGAACCUGAUGCUGGAUGCGAAGGGCUACGUCAAACUGGUUGACUUUGGUUUUGCAAAGGAGCUGGUUCGGGGUGAGAAAACCUACUCAUUUGUUGGUACUCCUGAGUACAUGGCUCCAGAGAUCAUCAAGAACCAGGGACAUGACUUUGCAGUUGACUUUUGGUCUCUUGGCAUCCUGAUUUUUGAACUAUUGGCGGGAAGCCCUCCCUUUUCAAGCUCAGAGCCCCAGAAGAUUUAUGCCAAAAUUUUGGAUGGGGAGCUCCAUUAUGCACCUUAUAUGAGCGAAGCAGCUAAGUCCAUUAUCAGUAAACUGUGCAGACCUCGGCCUGGUCAGAGAUUAGGAAACACCAAAAAUGGGAUCAAAGAUAUCCGGCAUCACAGGUGGUUCAGCAGUAUGAACUGGCACAAGCUGCGUGUGGGUCAGCUUGAGGCUCCCACAGCACGGCUUAUCCGCAAGGGUCCCUGCUACAUCAACUUUGAUCGCUUCCCUCUUGAUCAGACGAAGGCAGAAGAGGAGUUCUCUGGCUGGGACUGUGACUUCUGAUUCUGCUAUGUUAAAGGAUCAAGAAGAGAUCCCCAUAUAGGAUAAUUGUAGGUGGCCUGAGCUGGGGCCAAAACAGGGCUAAACUCAUAUGAGGGUGGGAAGAAUUUCCUGUUUGGAAAAAACAAAACAAACAACCAAGUUGAUUUAAAUUUGAUUAUUGGAGUGAAACUGUAUCGAAUCACGCACUUUAGACGUGUGCCGAAAUUCCUCUUUUGCUAUUCUAAAACAACCAUAAAGGUGGAUAAGGGGCAAAAAUAUGUAAAUGUGUUACAAGAACAUGGUACAACAUUUUGUUUCCAAAUACAGUCCAAGUCAAUUUGGUGUCUGGUGGAGAAGUGCCAAUAACAACAUCUAUAUAACACUUUUUACUGAUUCCAAUAAAAACACCCAUCCCUGUGUUUAGUGGAGAGUUUCUGUCAUAUGGUACAACUUGUACCAAACAACAACAACAAAAAACCCCUGUCCUUAUCAAACCUGGAAACAGAAUCAUUUCUAAUGCCAUAGCUGUAAUGUAUGUCUGUGUCUAUUGUUCCUUUCAAUCUUUAAAGUUUUAAAGAAAAAAAAAGUGCUUAUCCUCUUGAUAAAGUUGUUUACGUUACACUGUUACUUUCUUGUGGUGUUAGGCCUUGAUUUCUAGAUAAAAAGAUAACUGAACAUCAUGAUGAAGAAUACCUUUUUGAUUGAAGAUAAAGAAAAAUUGCCCUCAUACACUUGAUUCAGCUCAAUUUGUUACUGUGCUGCAAUAAAAUACCGAGCCGAUUUGAUUUACUUUUUUUCCUCCUGCUGACACCAAAGUAUUCAGAGAUUAGAUUUGUGAUAGAUAACAAUACAUGGUGGAAAUGCGUUUUUAAGAAUGUUAUCAGGGUGGAAAGUGGCCUGUGACAGAAUAAGGGUUUAAUCUCAUGUUCUUGACAAUGGCUGCAGCUGACUGUUUGGGUCUGGAAAGGCACAGCUGUCUGAUGUGGCAGCAGGUUUUAGGGCUGGAGGAAGGAGUCUUCCUGUCCCCUCCUGUUAAUGUGCACGAUGUGCCUGUUGAGACCAGUUUUCCACAUCACGACACAAACUUCACAGGAAUAAAAACCACAUCUUCCAGAGGGAAAAUACCCGCUGCCAGAUGUUUCCUUCCUACAGAACACAUUGAAGCAUAGACUCUAAUACCCCAGCAGCAAUGACAGAAGCAGCCCAGAGGAUGCACAGUAUAGUUACAAGUAUUUCCUAUUCACAGCAGUAAACCGUGACUUCCUGUUUGCAGAUCACUUUGUUUUACCUGUGAUGCAUGUGGUAUGAUUAACAGAGCAAACACAAUAUACUCUGUUUAUCCAAUCCCAGUAACUCAUAACAGUUUUCUGAUUUCUUGUCGCUCUCUCGAGUAACAUUCAUGUGUAUUGAAGCCCCAUUUCUUCCAAUGAUGCCAUAGAUUUCAGCUGCACUGAAUGCAUCUCCAGACUCAUUAUAAACGAUAGAUUGAGCAGAAAGGGGAUCGAGGCUGAUAGACUCAAACGAACAUUUGCACAGUCAAGAGAUUGAUGUGGUCUUAUCCUGACUCCUGUCUGUGAGUCUCUCUGUCUUCAAGCUCAUUUUCUUGCGAGGAAUAUUGACUGAGCUCCAUGUGAGAGGAUUGUCUCAUGCAGCCUGAAGUUUAACCUGAAACACUAAAGAAGAAAAAAGAAACACCAGGGAAAAGCAAACAUUUGCGCCCCGCUGUGUUCUUUCACUAAAUGUCCUUCCCGGUUGUGUUUUCUCCACUGAGCAGUCUUGAGUUAAUUAGGCUCAGUGCUAACACCUGUGCUGAUUAAUUAUUGUUUGCACCUGUGCUGAGUCUACUUAAGCCCCUCUCUUUGCUUGCUGCUUUGUUUGGUCACUUAUGUUUGAGAGGUCUGAGUGGGCAUCUGUUUCUGCGUAAGGCAGCCCUGAUGAGUGAUUGGCUGCCCUGAGAAAGAAUACAAAAGUGCAGGAAACAUGUAACCACUUCAAUCAGCACUCUCGAUCUGACUUCUCCAUGCAGGUAUUAUAUUUCCCAUAACGGGAUCAUAAAGGAGCCACUACUUGAUGCUCUAUUAAAAGCACUCCAGUCUGGAGAUUUUAGUGUGUGUGUGUUUUUUCCUAUACCCCAAUGAACCAUCAAAACCCAGAACAUGUAAAA